AUCAGAUGCCAUUGUGUCAGACUGUCCCUCUGCUGCCACCUGUCAACAACAUGGAAUGGAAUAUUGGUGGGAAGGCUCAACCUCUGCUGCCAUAUCGCCAGCAUCCGCCUCUAAUAUCAUGACCAGAAAUUCAAAUCCUGAAUAAUAAGGAAGGAUAUCUGUAUUCAGGACAUUUUAAUGGGAAGGGAACUUUAUAGAAUUGCAGUCCUCGCCACAUGGCUCUCUCAUUGUGCAUAUAGGUGUAUGUGUUUUCUUUCAGAAGCAGUCUGGCAUGGAUGACUGUAGCUUUCAGGGUCUUCCUACAAAAAAUAUGCUAGCCCAGCUAAUUUUCAGAGCCUGACAAUCAUUAAAGCUCCUAUGAGUGAGCAUCUGGUACUUUUUUAGCUGAUGAUUAACUUGAGCCCCUUCUCCCUUUUCACAUGUGGGUAAAAAAUGGAAAUGCAGAGCCUGAAAGCAGCAGGCAUGAGUGGUUCCUUAUCCUAACUCCAUGGACUAAGGGAUGUUCAAUUGUGGAAUCAUCUUACAAAGAGCUCAGGACUACCGGGAAAGGCAGUGAAGGGGCUGGUCUUUUUAGGGUAAAAAAGGAGAAACUGUUUUGUGACCGGGCUGAAUCCAGAAUGUUUAUGAGUUUCAUCACCCUACUUUCACUGGUACCAGCAAUGUUUGUGUGGUACGGACGGCUGCUAUUAAAUGUUCCAUUUAUUCAGCUCUAUAGUGUUCUUAGUCCUGGAGAAUCUGUUGUAACUAGAGACCUUAUAAUGCUUUCUUGUACAGAUGUCUAUUGUUUAGAGUAAGGCUUUACUUGUCAGUACUUCCAGAGUCUCUUCGUGGUUCUACAUUAAUAUCACCCUGAGUAAGUCAUUAAGCCAGUUUCAUUUCAGCUUCCCAGCCUGGAAGACAAUAUCUAUCAUAGAGGACUUGUGUCCAGCUUCAUUUGUUUGACUGAGAUCUUUGGAUAAAAUUGUUUACAUAAGAGGAAGAUACUGUGAUUCACAUAUUUAUUAAGUCAUAAAUAUUACCUAUUGUGGACAGAGAAAAGAUGAAGAAAGAUAAAAUUUGUCUGUUAGUUUCAUUUCUUGUGGGCAUGUUACCCAAAUUUUCUGUUAAAAGGAUCUCCAGCACAGUAGCUGGGAACAUUGGUGAAUAAUUUCUGGGUGCCCAGGAUAGUAAUAUCUUGUGAGUGUAACAUAGUAAGUACAGAGCAGGGAUGGCGGCAGCAGUAUGCCCUUCCUCACAGCACCCAACUGGCAGAUCAGCUGAACUCCACUGCUAGUUCUAGGGUAUCUCUUUUACCUCCUCCUGGGUGCUAUGGUGUUCCAGCUGCUGGAAAAGCAGGCAGAAACACACUCUCAGGACCAGUUCCACCUGGAGAAGCUCAAGUUCCUGCAGAACUAUACAUGUUUGGACAGGCAAGCCCUGGAGCAGUUCAUACAGGUCCUCAUGGAAGCAUGGGAAAAAGGGGUCAACCCAGAAUGAAACUCUACGAAUCCCAGUAACUGGGACUUCAGCACUUCUUUCUUUUUUGCAGGAACUGUUGUCACUACUAUAGGCUAUGGUAACCGAUCCCCCAGCACAGUGGCAGGACAGGUCUUCUGUGUGUUUUAUGCCUUAUUUGGAGUGCCGCUUAACUUGGCCUUCCUUAACCAGUUGGGGAAAGGCCUCAAUGCUCAUCUGAUUACUCUGGAAAGAUGGGUGCAAAAGCCAGGCCAUGACCAGGUACAGUGUCAAUCUAUCAUUUCUUCCCCACUAGUAGAAACUAUUUUCUCAGAGACCUAAUUUCCUUGAGUGUGUUUACAUCUUCUUGAAAAACAGCAAUUACAUUGCCCUCUAUAUCAGAAAAUCAAUAUGCUAUAUUUAUCUAUGAUAGCUUUGUAGUAAUUUGCUUUUUUCCUGAGAGAUUACAGAUUUGCAAUUUUAAAUGCUGAUUCUACAAAACUGUUAAAGAAGCAUAGCCUCAAUUUUAAGCAGAACUUUUAAGUUCUGUUGACUUUAGCAGAGCAUAUUCAUACACACACAUUGCUGAAUCAAGCUCUUAUUAUCUACCCUAUGCUACUAUCUACUCCAGAGUCUAGGUCUAUAUUGUACAGAAGACAAC